UUCUCCUGCUAGCAAUGUCAGUGAAGAACAAUGAACAAGUCGGUUUAACCAGCAUUCGUACUCUUCAACUCGGCUGAAUCGCCUCACGAAUUUGGAAAACCAGUGGUCGAUUCAUCUCUUCCAAGCUUUUGUGGACAUCAACAAGCGAGUACGUUAAGUUUUCGAGCAUAAAUCCUUCAUUUUUCUCACCUCUCCGCCUGAUAUUCAUCUCUGCUGUGUAAAUUUGGAAAGCCCUGUAAAUCUAUAGCCCAGGGUUCUUGUUUUUGGUGUCCGCCAUUGACAUUACGAAGCAGAGGCUUGAAAUUGAGUGGAAAAGACCAUUCACUCGUAACUGAAACAAUACUGCAGAAGCCUUAGGAGAUGGAAGAAAGUGGAAAAGAAUAGCUGGCACACUACCGCAGUCUAUGAUUAUAAGUGCUGUUUCAACCCCAAUUCAGAAUGUUGAGGGUUUUUUCAUUUUUCGGAACAUGGAAGCACAAUCGUUGGAAAGCUUGCUUGAAGCUAUUCCCAUCUUCUUGUAAAAGUUUACAUACUGAGAACUCCAAAAUUGUUUCUACGAAUAUUUGUAUAAGUCGUCAUGUAAGAAAUGGUCAUCUUGAUCUUGCUCAAACUCUGUUCGAUGAAAUGCCAAUAAGAAGCGUUGUCUCAUGGAAUAUCAUGAUUUCUGGAUACUCCAAAGUAGGACAGUAUAGUGAAGCUCUCGAGCUGGCUUCAGGAAUGCAUUGCAGUAAUGUAAAAUUAAAUGAGAAGACUUUUUCUACUUUGCUGAGUAUUUGUGCACAUUCAGGGUGUACACAUGAGGGAAAACAAUAUCAUUGUUUGGUUUUGAAAUCUGGGUUGCAGAUUUUUGAGCUUGUGGGAAGUGCAUUGUUGUAUUUCUAUGCGAACACCAAUGACAUUAAUGGAGCUAAGCUGGUUUUCGAUGAGUUGCAUGAUAAGAAUGAUUUGUUAUGGAGCUUGAUGCUUGUAGGGUAUGUGAAAUGCAAUUUGAUGGAUGAUGCUUUUGAUCUGUUUAGAAAAAUACCUACUCGGGAUGUGGUGGUGUGGACUACUUUGAUAUCAGGGUAUGCCAGAAGUGAGCACAACUGCAGAAGGGCAUUGGAAUUAUUCUGCUCCAUGUUGACAAAUGGUGAGGUCGAGCCUAAUGAGUUCACUUUUGAUUGCGUUGUGAGAGCUUGUGGGAGACUAAGAUAUUUGAGACAGGGGAAGGUUGUUCAUGGGAUUUUAACUAAAUAUGGAUUCCACUUCGAUCAUUCAAUUUGUGGUGCACUGAUUUUAUUUUACUGUCAGUGUGAAGCUGUUGACAUUGCCAAGACAGUUUAUGAUGGUAUGGAGAGACCGUGUUUAAAUGCUUCAAAUGCUCUUCUGGAGGGGCUGUUAUUAGUGGGAAGAAUCAAUGAUGCUGAGGAAAUUUUUGUCAAAUUAAGAGAAAAGAAUCCAGUUUCAUACAAUUUGAUGCUUAAAGGGUAUGCAAUUAGUGGUAGGAUUGAAGAAUCAAAGAAAUUAUUUGAAAAAAUGACUCAUAAAACUCUAAUUUCAUCGAACACUAUGAUAACUGUGUAUUCUAGGAAUGGUGAAAUUGAAAAAGCUAUGAAAUUAUUUGAGUCAACGAAAGGUGAGGGAAAUCCUGUGACAUGGAAUUCAAUGAUAUCAGGCUAUAUUCAAAAUCAUCAGCAUGAAGAAGCUUUGAGACUCUAUCAAACCAUGUGCAAAACAUCAGUUGAGCGUUCUAGAUCAACAUUCUCUGUUCUGCUUCAAGCAUGCACAUGCCUAGGAACUAUUCUAUUGGGUCGAUCACUCCAUGGCCAUGCAAUCAAGACAGCCUUUGACUCUAAUGUUUAUGUCGGAACAUCUCUCAUAGAUAUGUACUCAAAAUGUGGGAGUGUCUAUGAUGCUAAAAUCUCGUUCGCCAGUGUUUAUUCCCCUAAUGUAGCAGCUUAUACCGCUCUAAUUAAUGGAUAUGUGCAGCAUGGGCUUGGAGGUGAAGCAUUCUUAGUCUUUGAGAACAUGUUAAAGAACAAAAUUGUGCCAAAUGCAGCUACACUUCUGGGGAUUCUUUCUGCAUGUAGUCGUGCUGGUAUGGUCAAUGAAGGAAUGAAAAUUUUCCACUCUAUGGAAAAAUGUUAUGGUGUGAUUCCAACUUUAGAACACUACGCAUGUGUGGUGGAUCUUCUUGGUCGGUCGGGACAUCUGUAUGAAGCUGAAGAGCUUAUCAGAAACAUGCCAAUUGAAGCUGAUGGGGUUAUUUGGGGAGCUCUGCUAAAUGCUUGUUGGUUUUGGAUGGACUUGGAAUUGGGCGAGAGUGUGGCUAAGAAGAUGCUUUGUUUGGACCCCAAAGCAAUUUCUGCUUAUGUUAUUCUGUCUAAUAUAUAUGCUAUAUUAGGGAAGUGGGUAGAGAAGAUCCAUGUGAGGAGGCGAUUGAGGAGCUUAAAAGUGAAAAAGGAUCGUGGUUGUAGUUGGAUCGAUGUAAAUAAUAGAAUUCAUGUUUUCUCUGUAGGAGAUAGGUCCCAUCCUAACUGUAAUGCUAUUUAUGCAACGUUGGAGCACAUAUUAGCACAUGUAAACUCUAUAGUUCAAUUUGACCAUGUUCCCAGAUCAGUUUCGGAGGUUUCUUUUCCAAAUCCAAUACACCACUUCCUUUGACUAGCUCGCUAUAGAUAUAUAUUUUUGUCAUCUAUGGCCAUAUAUCCCACGUUCAUUCACCUCCAGAACGUGUUCAACCCUUAUGUUUAUUCACCUUGAAAACAGUUCUCCUAAGUGAAAGUGAAGGUGAGGUCCUGACUGGUUUCCCUUUUUGGAGUGCUCCAUGAAUUGUACUAACAAAUUUCAGAGGAUGUAUGUUUUUCUGUCCUAUAUUUAUUCAUCCUGAAAAUGACUGAAAUUAUUUUUGCAGCUUCUUCCUCUUCUUUUCUUUUCUUUAGUUAUUAUUUUUAAAUUGGAAGAUGUUGUUGAAACUAACCAAAACUUGGUCUUUCAAUUCACACUCCAAAAUCAUUAUGACUUCUCCUCUCUAAGGCUUCAGUUUCCAAGUUGGAUGCUUUCUCUUGUCUCUCCGACUGCUCGUUCAACUAUUAUCUUCAUCCAGGCAGCCACUGUUCGUAACACAUCAACUUUAAAAGCUUGUCGACGUUAACUUCCUGGACAUUAUGAGACAGUGAUGGCAGGGUAAAUUUGUGUUCAUUGGGAUUCUUCUGUGGGCCAAAAUCAAGGGAAGUAUGCUUUGUUUUACUUAAAGGUAUCAGCUGUUGUGAUGAAAUUAGGUUGUCGUUUGAUAACAUCCGAGCAAAAGUGAAAACAAGAAACACGAAACAAGAAUGUCGGAGCAAGUUUUGACUAAAGGGUUUUGGCGCGAGCUUACCAUAGCUACCAAUGGAGAGCCAUACAUGGCAACGGAAGCAACAAGACCAAUGCAUCCCACAAAAAGCUUCCGAAGAUGGUGACUUUUCAAAGCAAAAGUAGAGAUCAUCCCCACACAGCUGAACACUGUAACAACUCCCACCAAUCUCAAAGUCACCUGCUUCUGCAGAUAAUUUUAGAACUUUUUUAAGCCUAAAAGAAACCAUAUUAAUAAUUCUUAUAAAUUUUGAGCUUAAACGUAUUCAUUGUUUCACU